AAAUAAACAUGGCGACUGCAAGUGAUGACUCGAAACUUGACUACGAACCAUCGUUGCAAAAUGUUAUAGAUCAGUUAAGCUUGAAAUGGAUUUUUGUUGGUGGAAAAGGAGGUGUUGGAAAGACUACUACAAGGUGAUAAAAAAUAAUAUAUUUGAAUAUUGUAAUGACCGUGUGACUUCACAUUUAGUUACGACUAGCGUAGGGCCUAAAUAACACAAGUUAAAGUUAGUCUAUUUUAAGUUAAAUUUUAACAGAAACUUGAACUUGAAACUGCCAAUCAGCAGUGACAGUAACUGUAACUGUUUCUCUCUCGAUUGAGUUACUCUCGUUUUAGCUGUGUGUAUGAUAGUGUAUCUCAGUUAUUCACACACUCGGUAAACAAUGCACUCAGCCUAAAUUCAACCUAUGAAUGAAUAUUUGAAUGUCUUCUUAAACUACAUUACAUGAUUUUCAGACAUUGAUCACAAAAUUCACAUUGUCAUUGUGUUUAACAGUCACUGGCUGUUGAUUAAUUUUAACAAUUGGGAAAAUCUGUUCAAUAAACAAUUAUAAAAUGACAGGUCCCUACUAUAUUAUCUUAAAGUUUCAUAUUCAUAGUUUCAGUUUUUAGCCCAUACUCAUACACUUGGCCUCUAACUCUGUUAAUUAAUCCUUCAUUUGUCAAUUUAACGACUACUGUACUAUUAUAAUUAUAGUUAUAGAUACCAUCCAAAACCUACUCAAACCUACCCUAUGCUGGUUAUGAAAACUACUUGGCAUAUGUUGGCAGCACAGUCAGUGUACAGUCAACUUUCCAGAGGGAAAUGGUUAGCUGGUGGGCAGAAAAAAAACGCUUUAAAUAUUGUCCUAAAGUGUCUCUCAAAUCCAUGGUGUGGACAUCAACCUUAAUGGGAAACACUUUUUAGAUUGCACAAGCUGGUGAGGGAGACUCACUACUGGAGCACAAUCUUCUGAGAGUUAACUUACCGCACAUGCUCAAAGAAAGCGCGCAAGGAAAAGUAGAAUCUUAUCCAAUCUCUAUAUGACCCAAGGACAUGUGUUUCCUACUCCUACAUACAAGCAAGCUGCCAAGCCACCUGCUAACUCUCUGUGGAAUAUAGCCUUGGUCAUCUUCACAUGCGAAGGAUGAACAACAAUCCUUCAGCACUGAGGCCUACUAUAUUUUUUGGAAUUAUUUUAUUCUGAAUUUCUGCAAACACUUAUUCACUCUUGCCAUCCUCCAAAUCCGAAUACAAAUUUUCUUGUUACUAAUUAUAACUUUAAUAAUUCUAAAUGCAGUUGCUGCUUGGCUGUUCAGCUGGCUAAAGUGAGAGAAACAGUAUUGAUAAUUUCCACAGACCCUGCACACAAUAUUUCUGAUGCCUUCAGUCAGAAAUUCUCCAAAGUCCCUUCACUUGUCAAAGGGUUUGACAACUUGUUUGCUAUGGUAACUUACAUGUAAAUCUUGACUUUAAAAUUUAAUAUAAACUAUAAACUAAUUGAACUAUAUGAUGUAAAAACCAAAGCGUUACCUAUCAUGCUAACAUUAGUAAUAAUUUAUCCAUCUAACUUAACUUAUUACAUGCAUUCUUUCAAUGAGAUAGGUCAUUUUUUGUAUUUUUUUCUUUUUGAAUACAGGAAAUAGACCCCAACUUGGGUUUCUCAGAAUUACCUGAUGAGUAUUAUGAGCAAGGUAGUGAGUAAACAUUAAUCAUUUUUUUUUGUAGGUUUGAGGAUAACCAUUUUUUAUAGGUUUGAGGAUAGUCGUUUAUUUAUAAGUUUGAGGAUAGUAAUUUUUUGUCCUUGAAAAAAAUGUUGUUAUAAACAGUGUUUUAAUUCUUUCUCUCCGGAAUUAAUUUCCACGUUCUGACGGAUUUAUAUAUUUUGCAUAUUUUUUACGCACUACUAUGUUAUCUCAAAACCAUCAUAACUUUUUUGUUUUUCAUCAGAAAAUGUUAUUUUUGGUAUGAAAUUAAAAGGGAAUGCAUGCUCUUUACAGACAAUACAGACGUAUGUUUAAGUUUUAAUAUUUAUAUGUGAUUAGGAUUUAAGGAAAAUAAAAAUAAAAAAAUAAAAACUCACCAAAUGUUCACAAAAUGCUCAUUCCAAGUCAAACAAAGAAAAAUUUAUAAUCCAAAGUUUAACGCACACAAAAUUAUUGCUGAGCGAUAUCCAUAUGUGCAUCACAAAUAAUAAAGAUCACAUUAAAAUAAAAAUUAAAAUGAAACACGUGAGCACAUUAUCCAUUGUCACAGCCACACAAAAAAUGUCAGAAAAAAACUGGAAACAAUCUGUUGCUAGUAAAAAAAUAUUUGCAUUGUAUCCUUGUAUGUAUUAACAUUUAUGUUGGUAAAUGGAAAAUUUACCAUAAAUAUGUCAUAUCUUUUCAUCUGGGUUUACCUAUGGUAAGCUUGAAAACAUUCCAUAGGGAUGUGCGGAAUCGACUCACAUCCAGCACAAUGACUCACAUCCAGCACAAACAUAUACCAAUACAGUUCGCCCUGUUCUACAGUGCUUGCCGCAACCACUGUUCUUUUUGGAGCCAAUAGGCACAUGUUUUGCUUCGAUUAGUCUUGGUGGAGUGUUGAUUUUCAAUCUUAAGGAAGCGUACUCAUUUAUUGAGAGUACAAGCUUGUGAAUAAUAUGUGUGUCUGGCAAAGUAAAAAAAACAGUAAAGGUCAUUUGACUUACUAGUCACAGAACAAGCUCCAAAUUUAAACCUACAUUUUUCAAAGGUAAAAAUCUGAAAUUGCACUCAGUUUUUGUGCUAAGAUCAGCAGCAUUCCUAUUAGAAUCUACAUUAUUUAUAUUAGGAACAGUAUUAGCUCUUCUAGAAGGCUUGGGGGUGGGGCUGUUUGUUCAUCAGCUGAUGAAUUACCAAUUUCAUUAAGUAGUCACUAGUACUAUUAAUACUAAGACUAGGAUUAUAAAUACACGAUUCAUCAGAAUCAGCCUCGGCAUCCGAAAUCAUAAAAUCACUGUUUGAAUCCUCAUCAUCAGAGUAAUAUUUUCAACCUUUAUUAGAUCCAUCGCCAGAUGGGUCAGGUUAAUAUUUCAUGCUUGUAAACGUUUUGAAACUGCUGAGACGGACAAUGCAAUUAAAAUGUUUAAACUGCUGAUAUAGCAACGAAGUUGAAAACAAUUACUAUGUCAUGUUUGUAAACAAAAAUAUAAUAGAUAAAACAACCGAUCUUUAAUUAAAAAUUGUUGAAUAAAAGAAAUUCAGGAAUGUUUUUUAAAGAGAAAUCAUUCGAGAUUUGUUUAAAAGUAAUUUCAAACCAAUAGCUAAGAAAAGAACCGAAACAAACAGGUUUUUAUGCAUCGACGAUGUCAUCGUCAAUCCAUCUGAAAACCUCAUUUAAAUCCACAAUUGGAAGCGUUGAUCCGGAGAGAAAGAGUUAACUUUUUUGUACCGUGAAACAUGGUGACUUUGCCUAUGACUUAUAUUGAGAAAGUUGUUUCAUGAUUUUCUAGAGUUCUUUCCCCUAAAUUUUUAAUUGCUAAUAAAAGCAGACAUUUUGCUUAAUGCAAUUUCACUUUCUUUACUUUUUUUUUAGCCGAUAUGAUGUCCAUGGGGCGUGGUAUGAUACAAGAACUCCUGGGUGCUUUUCCUGGCAUUGAUGAAGCCAUGAGUUUUGCUGAAGUAAUGAGGUAUGAGAUUGAAACAAGCAAAUCUUUCUGAAUUAUCAUCAAGUAAAGAUUUCUACUUUUGUCUUUAAAGUCAGUUUUUCUGUGCAAACUAACAACGCAUUAAUAUUUCCUCAUUUAAUUUCAGAUUGGUAAAAAACAUGAAUUUUUCUGUGGUUGUGUUUGAUACCGCACCAACUGGCCACACUCUGCGCCUCCUGUCAUUCCCUUCAGUUGUUGAGAAAGGCCUGGGUAAAUUGCUUAGGCUGAAAAAUCAAAUCAGUCCAUUUAUUUCACAGGUAACCGUUGUAUUUAUCUCUUAUCCAUUGCCUUUUCUUUUUUUAGAGAAAACAUUUGCUUUUCUUUUGUUUAGACCGUAUUUUUUUUCAUUAUUUGAUUAAGCACUGUUUACCAUUUCCUGCUAAUCUCUUAACAACUGAAUAUUUUCAUUUGACAUACCGGUAUGUUAUUGAUAAUAUUGCAAUGAAAAUCUCAAGUCAAGACCAAAUUUCCUUGCAGAUGGCUGGAAUGAUGGGCAUGCAAGACUUAAACGCUGACCAGAUGUCAAAUAAAUUUGAAGAAAUGUUAGCAACUAUAAGACAAGUGAACACACAGUUUAAGAACGCUGUGAGUUUGGUUUCCAACUUUAUUAAUAAUACAUUUUUUAAUUAUGAAAUUUUAUUAUUUGGACCAUGUUAAUUAUUAUACAAUAAUUUGUUAAAUAUUAAUUUCCAUUUUACAGGAUCAGACCACAUUUGUGUGUGUGUGUAUAGCAGAAUUUCUAUCACUUUAUGAGACAGAGCGGCUGGUGCAGGAAUUGACGCAGUUUGGCAUCGAUACCCACAAUAUCAUAGUAAAUCAACUGAAUAUUGCAAGGAAGGGAGAAAAAUCUUGUUGUUUAUGUGAAGCAAGACAGAAAAUUCAAGCAAAAUAUUUGGAUCAGGUACAAGUCCAUAAUUGACUUUAUUUUAUUUGUUUCUAUGGUAUGUAAGCAAGCAAUGCUCAUAAGGUUUCAAUAAGGUAUGGUGUAAGCAUGCAAUGCUCAAAAGUGUUCUACAAGGCUAUCUAUAAGGUAUCGUGUAAACAUGCAAUAUUUAGAAGGAUUCUACAAGACUAUCUAUAAGGAUGAUAACCAAAAUACAUGAAGAUAUUGAAAUGCACUUAAAUCACUGAACAGAUAAAUUGUUAUGCAAGGUUGGUACUCAGGCUUUUAACGUUAUAAAAAAUCUGAGAUAGACAACAAAAUUAAAAUGUUAAAACUGCUGAGAUAGACAACAAAAUUGAAAACAAGUACCCCGGUACUAUGCAAAUUAGACAUUUAAAUAUUGGCAUAACACCAUUAAAUAUACUCUGGAAGGAAAAUGUUUAAUGCCUGGUACUCUGAGUGGGAAAAAAUAAAUGGUAUAUUCUAUUUCUAUUGAUCUGUACACUUGACAACUUUGGUAGGCUAGGAGCUUACAGUUAUGACAUUAAUUUUGGAAUGGUCCCUAAUGGGAACUAAAAUGUUAAUUACACACAGGCAGCUGAGUAAUAGCAAACAGUGCAGCCUUUAAGCAUAGAACACAAUAUUUUAGAAUAAUGCAUUUAAAUUUAAACAUUUUAUAUGAUUUUCCACACGUUUUUAACUAUUCUCUAUUGUGCUAUUUUUUCUUCAGAUAACCGAUUUAUAUGAAGAUUUUCAUGUUACCAAGCUGCCUCUGUUACCAGAAGAAGUACGAGGUGUAGAUAAAAUCAAAGAGUUUUCUGUGAAUUUGUUGAAUCCAUAUAAUCCUGAUUAACAAUAAUUCUUUUAUUUCACAAAUAUUUCUUAUUGACUGCAAAUUUUUUAAUCUGCAUUUAAACACAAGAAACUUUUCAUUAUUUAUUGCAGUUUUUUUCUUGUUUUUUCAAUUGGCAUUAUUUAACUUUAAUUAUUAAUUUUUAAAAUAUGAAAAUUUCUUUAAUAUUUGUUUAAGUUAGACUUUUCUUUUCACAUAUUUUUAUUUUUGAGAUGUGGGGGAGAAAAAAAAACAACUCAUUAUUUUAAAAUUUUCCACAUUAUAAUUAUGUGAUUGAAGUUGUGAAAGUUGUGAUCAAAGUAUAAUUACUUAUGAGUUUAUUGAAUUUUGUUUUCAUUGUAAGAGCUUCACCAUUUAAUAUAUUAUGCAUUUAAUAAAUCUUUGUCCAUACUG